AUGUCUGGCACCACUAUUCACGUUUCGGGCAUUGCCCCCGCCACCGCCGAGAAGGAUGUCCGCGACUUCUUCAGCUUCUGUGGAAAGAUCACCUCCCUCUCCAUCACCCCAACCACCUCCGAAGCCGACUCUCCCAAGUCCGCAACCGUCACCUUCGAAAAGGAAGCCGCCGCGAGAACCGCUCUCCUCCUCGACCAAACCCAAUUAGGUGCUUCCCAAGUCCACGUCGAAGCCGCCUCUAACAUCGACGACCUCGCUGGCGCUACAGCCGCACAGAACUCCGAGAAGGAAGCCGAGCACGAACACAUCGAACAAGAAGACAAGCCCCGCUCCCGCAUUGUAGCCGAGUACCUUGCGCACGGAUAUGUCGUCAGCGAUGGUGCAAUUCAAAAGGCCAUCGCACUAGACCAGAAGCACGGCUUCUCAUCCAAGUUCACAUCUGCCCUGGCCAACUUCGACAAGAAGUUCAACGCUACCGAGCGUGCUCGUGGUCUUGAUGAAAGCUACCAGAUCUCCAACAAGGCUUCUACCGGUUGGUCUUCAUUGGGCUCUUACUUUGAGAAGGCUCUUGAGCAUCCCACCGGCCAGAAGCUGCGUGAUUUCUACAUCCAGGGUGAUAAGCAGGUUCGUGAUAUUCACAAUGAGGCUCGUCGUCUUGCGGAUCUGAAGCUUGGUCGUGGUGCUGAGAAUGAGUCUGCUCCUGCAGCUACCACUACUACUGACGCUACUACUUCUGCUGCCCCUGUCAUUGCUCCUUCUACUGAGGCUACCCUUACUGAGCCUAAGGCUUAG